AAAAUUCACAAGCCAAUAGUCCAAUUCCAGAGCUUUGCAGUAGUGCCAAUAAUCGGAAGCGGGGGAAAAUGUGAUCAAUAAUCCGCAAUCAUCCAACUGUGCAUAUAUUUGGGUUGAUAGUGAGCUAUCCAACCAUGCAAUGAAAGAAGUUGCCAGGUACACAAUUCGACUUUCGCCGACACGAGUUCUUGCCAGUCAACAAAAUGCCGGAAGAAGGUAAUGCGGAACCGGAACCCCAAUUUAUUGCGGCCUUCAACUUCCGAGUUCAGAAGACGGGCGAUAUUAUCGACCUCGCUAGUAGUAUAGGGCCCGUGAUCUCAUAGUAGGCGCUAUAUAUAGUACGAUGACACUUUGAGCUUGAGACUGAAAUCUUACCAUUAGUGGGCCUAACCAUCAUGAAACCAACAUGAACCAAAUUUGGUCUGUCUUUUCUGUAUCGGAGAAAAGCACAGUUCUGGUCAAGAGCGAGGCAAAUCAGCAGUGGCUGGUUGCCACUGGAAAUGGCCAGCCGACUAGUACGGGAAAUCCACAUUGGUCUGAGGAAAGUGCCCAGCGGAUCACUCAGGGCGGGGAUGUUCAUAAUUUAAAUAGUAAGACAAUUGUAUCGUUACUGGAACAACGGCCAUGACGGUCUUUUAGGGGCAAAGACUCUACUUCUAGACUUGCGCCGCGUGGAGACUGCUUAUAUGGAGUGCUGUCCAUUCGACUUUCAGAUCCAGAAGAAUGUUUCUCUACGCCAAAUUAGUCCCCUUGCACUCAUGAACUUGAGAAUAACUGGCGUCGCCGUCUUCUCUAUCCCAGAGUCUCUUUAUGAUCUCGACUUUCCUGGGCACUACUUUCGACGUUUCAAAUCCGUCGCCGUCAGUAUUCCCUGCGUCACAGGCCCGUACACAAGUCUUAAUUGCACACUUAGACUUCUAGAGCACAGCUAUCGUGUGAGCCUACUGGUAUCAAAUGGGGGCUACAUACGCCGCGACAGCAAUGAUCGCCUCCGCACCGACCGCAUAUCCGUCAGUUUAAUUGCUCUCAGUCAACGCAGUGCUGGUAGUGGCGUUUUUGAGCUCAACUUCAAUAGUGAGCGAUACCUGCCCUUCGAAAAUGCGGGUACCAUUAGCACAUGGAAACUGGAGUUGUCGCAACAUGUCCGUCAAUUCUCAUAUGAGUCCAUCAGCGAUGUAAUCUUGCACCUCAAGUACACAUCGCGCCAGGAGGCGCCGAGCUCCGAGCCUCAGCUGAGGACGCUGUUAAGCGCCUCAUGGCCGCUGCCGAUGGUGUUAGCGAAGGUGACGGGUUAUUUGCUCUUAUUGAUCUGGCCGGUGAUUUCGCAAAUGCUUGGGCACUGGUUCAAUCUCAAGCUCAGGCUGGGCAGGCCGGCGAUCUCCUAGUUUCUAUGGGCAACAUUGGUGUAGUACUACCCUACUGGUCCGUUGGCUUGGUCGUUAAGGUUCAAUCUGUCACGCUCAUCUCACGAUGCAGUCCAGAAGUCGCCGCUAUACUGUCUGUCGACUUGCUCUAUGGCAAAGAUGAUGAAAGAAGUUUUGGGGAUGGUGUCGGCCGUACUGAUGGCUGGGAUAGUCGCGAGAUCUCGAAUCUUGACGCUGACAUUGCCAAUUGGGGGCUUCGAUUGAAGCGCAAGUACCAAGGGAAAAAUCUUAAACUCGCAUCGACUAGAACUAUGUACUUGAUCAUUCAGUACACGACUACACGACAGCUAGCUAAAGUUUGAGCUUCAUGAAUAACUCUUUUUGAUUAGAGGAAUACAUUUUAUCUUUGAAAUUAUUUCCCUCCUGUUUACCAAUUAUGUGUCACAGGCAGUAAAUCUAGUACUUAAAUGCAUGCGAAUCUGUGUCCAUAG